AUGUCAAGCGUACCGUUCAACGCCGACCCAGACUCCGGUCUAUCAAAGAAUCACGAGCCCUACAAACGAUCUCACAAUACAACCAAGACCUGGACGAUUGGCACCUUCUCGACGGGGAUUGUCUCCGCAAUCGUGGGCGGAGCUCUCCUCGGCGCAUACUUUCGCGAAGCAUGGAACAACUGCGAGGCCGCACGCAAGGCACUCGGCGAUGAAAAUUUCGACAAUGUACCCGGGGGUGAGUGUAUGGGUCCGGGCGAGUUAUUUUGGGCUGGUGCAUUCUUCAUCGUGGUGUCUUGUGUUCUCGGUGUCUGUUUUAUCGUCUUCUUGAUACUCCACUGUACCCGUCGAGGCCGCAGAAACAGCCCGGGAGUAAUGUAUCACAGCGCCCCCGUCAUCGAUCAAAAUUACGCUCAGCCUUAUGAUCCAUAUGCUGCUCGUCUCGCUGGCCCACCGCCUGCUUAUCCUGUGCCGGUGACACAGUAUGAUGCUCAGUCGAAUGCUCAGUCUCAUUUUCCGAUGGUUCAAGUGAAUACACCAUCACCUGUGCCGGAGCCAGAACCAGCUCAUUACGAUCCAAAGUCUCAAUAUCCGCCAAAAGAGAAUGCUCCUGAUCGAUUCGCCUGA